UUUUCAGGAGCUUCUGCAGAGGCAAGCAGGAGAGCCAGAAUCCACAGUUUGCCGGUGCCACUUCAUCCGACAAUGACGAACAGCGUCUUCGACCUUGAUACCACCUCUCAGGCACAGACGCUUGUUCCAUGGGAUGAAAGCCUAUAUGACGCCCCCACCCCAGGGCAUUUUGGUGGCACGCCGUCAACCCAAUAUUCCUUCAGUCCCUCCCCGCACCCUACCUUGCAGGAAACAGAUCAGCUCGGCUUUCUCCCAUUGGCUGGAUGGGACCAGGAAGGCGAAUACGAAGAGAAUCCGCCAAGAUAUAUUUGCUACACAAUCGCGUGGAAAAUCGUACUCAACCGUAAAUCUGUGUGCAGAGAUACUGAGCAGGACUUGGUUGUUACACCUAGCGAUUACUGGACGGAGAUUCUGAAGCCAAAGAUGGAAAGUUCGUUACACGUGAAAAGGCGUAAUCAGCGGGUUCGAUCGGAUGGUACAGACUGUUGUAUCUGUAAAUGAUCGUUCACAGAAUAACCUUGAAAAGCACUAUAACUCUACGAACAUUGACUGGACACCGGUGGAGAGGCAGCUCCGGAGGUGGAGCAAUCUGCUUCGCAUGGGCAAGAAACUUAGAGUCGUCAUUUCCUUCAACUAUGAGCGUGAUGAUAGUGGCGAAAUGACUAUGGGAAGACAGGUCGACAAAAGAAGCCGGGUAUCAGCGACUAGAAGGAUGCUUACCGAACGUGACGCACAAAUUGAUGCUGAAGAAAACAGCACUGGACGGCCAUCGGACUGGAGGUUUGUCUAUGAGCGUAUGCGAUGUGAGGCGCGCUCAUGCCAGUCUUCUUGGUGCUGGGAAGACCCCAGUGACAAACAGCAUUACAAACUAAAGUCCUCUCAUCUGGCACGGCUUGUUGAGUAUGUCAAAGAUGGCGGUACUCUAGAGGGUCAUGAUGACGUCCCUGGUGGCAUCCGUCGGGACCUGUACCGGGAGAAUCGACACCAGGCAGAUAAGAGGUAUAAAAAUGCCAGUAGCUUACCUGAGACAGGAGUGCCAUACCCUCCAAUCAGCAUCAAUGUUUUGCCAGCACAGACAUCGAGUGCGUCUGCGGCUACGUCACUCAAACCUUCAGCUUCUAACGAGCGUCUGGUGAUACCAGGACUGCGAGAUAUAUCUGUGAGGGAUUACUGCAAGUGGCUGGAAUCGAAGGUGAAUGACGAGACAUACAAAGCUGAUUUCAGAAAAGCAUGCGACGUAACACUGGCACAUCAUCUCGACCUUGAGCUGGUUCGGGACAUCCGCGAAUGGGUUGCACAUGUGGGCACAGAUAUGCCGCAGAGAGAAUACCAUCAGGAUAGAGUAGAAGACUAA